GUACUGAACAAUUCAUCUGAACUAUUAUUAUUCUUCAAUCGAAUGUUAAGACCUUUUUUCAUAAAUUUUAAAGCUAAUUGUGAUUGAUCAUUUUUAUAAUGUGUCCAACCAAUGAAAUCAUACGUUGCGGCAAGUUCAGGAUGUUUCAAGGGUAGUUGGGAUUUUAAUUGACAUUCAAGCAUCAUUUGAUAAUGAUCUAAUGCUAAUUUAUAAUCUUCUUUUGUAUCAUAAAGUGAAGCAAUAUGACGAUAUGUUUAUGCAAUUUUUGAAUCAUCUGUUUCUUCAGCAUUUUUUCUGAAAUCAAUUGCCUUUUGAUAACACACUAAUGCUCGUUCAUAAUCAUCUAAAUUUUCAUAGGCCUAAAUUCUCAUAGGUUUCUGCUAAUAAAACCGUAUUCAUUGAUUUAAAAUAAAUUUCAUUUGUGUUUUGAUAAUGUGCAAUUGCUUUUCUAAAUUGUUUUUGAUUAUCGUAACUUACAGCUAAAUUAUUAUCAAUUGUAGCUAGUGUUGGAUGAGAUGAAUCAACAUAUUUCACUGCAAUAGCCAGAGCUUUUUUCUUAUAUUUAAUACUUUCACUAGAAUUAUCAUUUGCGGCAUAAACUGAACAUUAGACUUAAAAACGUUUCUCCCUCCUCUUGAAUUGUACAAUUAAAAUAAUCUGUGAUAUUCGAGUAAUUCAUAUGACUACAGACUGAGUAAGCCGUUAUGCGUUUGAGACGUCUGAAAACUUUCUUGUUAUCAAGUUUUUUCUGGUAAAAGAUCACGUUCCUUCUUGCGUCAUUCGAUCGGUCUUUAUUCGUACUACAAAAGUAUAACUCGGUUUUCUUGAAAUUCCUCUCCAUUGCUGAGAAAUUUCACUUUUGCUAAAUCAGGAGCGGAAACAUCGGAAUUGUGCCCGUAAUUCUCAAUUUUCUCCACCAAAACUCACUUUUUAUGCAAUAAAAGUAUCAUAUUCGGAGUCAGCGUCAAAAACUGAGUCGAAUGACUGCGUUUUUAUUCUAUCCAACUACCUUUGUUAUUUUCGAAUUCUCUUGGUUUGUGCAAGAAAGUUACUGAGCCUUUCACCAAAAAAUGAAAAUCAACGGAAACUUUCAAAUCAUAUAUCAUUCAAAAGAACCAAGUUAUACUUUUGUUGUACGAAUAAAAGCUGAUCGAAUGACGCAAGAAGGAACGUUCCAUCUUUUACCAGAAAAAACUAGAUAGCGUUUUGCGACGAGGUCUCCGCUUUGGAGAUAUCCUUGAAGAUAAAUUAGAUGAUAAAGGCGAUAAAGGCGAUAUUCGUGAUCCGCUUCAAAUUUUCUAUCGAAUCAUAUAUAAAGAAGCUAAAAAUAAAAUAGUGCUUGAUUUUUCAAUUACGCGCGCCUUACGUAUAUAUAUAUUCGUUGGCCAAAAGCCGCGUACAGAUGUGGAAUUUUGGCGAGUAGUUAAAGAGAACAAUAUUUUAGACGAAGACGAUUGGCCGGGUAAUGUAGAGGAAAUUUAUGAAACUCCAGCUGAGAAAGCCCCUUUUGACUUGCUUGAUUUGGGCGAUGAAUUAGAUACUCCGGGUGUUAAUGAUGCAAAUGAAAAAGAUACUUCUAUCUCUGCUGGUCCGGUUAAUGUUGACACCACUGCUUCUCUUGCUAUGUUGCUCACUUCUUCGGUCACUGAUCUCGAUGAUGGCACAACACUUGUUAAUCUUAUUUCAUUUGAUUCUCCUAAAUCUCUUUCAAGACCUAUUCAAGAUCUUUCCGUUGUUGAUGUUGCCAUUCCAGACACUGAUAUGAAAACCACGCAAACUUAUGAUCUUCUCAAUGAGUUAAUAGUUUGUGUGCCACUAAACACUGUCCCUGUAAGAAAGCCAAUGUCAAGUGUUCUACCAAAUGCCAUUCAAAGAGAGAUGAUUGUAAAAAUAAGGAGUAGUUGA